GGGGGUAUAUGCUUAAGCCCUCCGUAAACCCUAGUAUAUAUAACUUGUAGUUUUUUUUUUUCUCUUUCUUCCUUCUCUUUCUUUUGGUUUAUUCAAAUUCAAAAUCCUCAGUUUGCAGCCGUCCUUCUACUCCAGAAGUGGUUACUUGUGAGCACUUAAAUUUCGUAGCAAGGAAAUGAGGAAGAAAGUGGACGAGCGAAUCAGAACUCUAAUUGAAAAUGGCGUUAGAACAAGGCAUAGGUCCAUGUUCGUCAUCAUUGGUGACAAGUCUCGUGACCAGAUUGUUAAUCUUCAUUACAUGCUUAGCAAGGCGCAGAUUAAGUCCAGGCCAACCGUAUUGUGGUGCUACAAGGACAAACUAGAACUGAGCAGUCACAAGAAAAAGCGCAGCAAGCAGAUUAAAAAGUUGAUGCAGAGGGGUCUUUAUGAUCCAGAUAAAGGUGAUUCAUUUGAAUUGUUUGUGGCAAGUGGGGGAUUAACAUAUUGUUUAUAUAAGGAGUCGGAAAGAAUUCUUGGUAACACCUUUGGAAUGUGUGUACUUCAGGAUUUUGAGGCAUUGACACCUAAUCUUCUAGCAAGAACAAUGGAGACAGUGCAGGGAGGCGGGUUGGUUGUUCUGCUGCUACGCUCUCUAUCCUCGCUGACAAGUCUGUACACCAUGGUCAUGGAUGUCCAUGAUAGAUUUCGAACUGAAUCCCACUCUGAGGCUGCUGGGCGCUUUAAUGAACGGUUCUUAUUGUCUCUAGCAUCUUGCAAGGCAUGCGUAGUCAUGGAUGAUGAACUAAAUGUUUUACCAAUUUCAUCUCACAUAAGGUCUAUUUCCCCGGUUCCCGCUAAAGAGGACUCUGAAGAACUCUCAGAAGCAGAACUGGAGCUGAAAAACCUUAAAGAACAACUAAAUGAAGAUUUCCCUGUUGGUCCAUUGAUUAGGAAGUGUUGCACGAUGGACCAGGGAAAGGCUGUUGUGACAUUUCUGGAUGCAAUUUUAGACAAGACACUACGUAGUACUGUUGCUUUAUUGGCUGCUCGUGGCCGUGGGAAAUCAGCUGCUCUUGGUUUAUCAAUUGCUGGAGCUGUAGCUGUGGGGUAUUCAAAUAUCUUUGUGACUGCGCCUAGCCCUGAAAAUUUGAAAACCUUGUUUGAUUUUGUAUGCAAAGGUUUUGAUGCUCUUGACUACAAGGAACAUAUAGAUUUUGAUGUGGUGAAAAGUGUGAAUCCCGAGUUCAAGAAAGCUACUGUAAGGAUCAAUAUUUAUAAGCACCACAGACAGACAAUUCAGUAUAUACUGCCAAAUGAGCAUGAAAAGCUUUCACAAGUUGAGUUGUUGGUUGUUGAUGAAGCAGCCGCUAUUCCACUUCCAGUGGUGAAGUCUUUGUUGGGCCCUUAUCUGGUCUUUCUGUCUUCUACUGUUAAUGGUUAUGAAGGUACUGGACGCUCUUUAUCGCUCAAACUUUUGCAGCAAUUGGAAGAGCGAAGUCACGUGUCUGCUAAGAGCACAAAGGACACUGGUCGUCUUUUUAAGAAAAUAGAAUUGAGUGAAUCCAUCAGAUAUGCUUCUGGGGAUCCCAUUGAAAGCUGGCUUAACAAUCUACUUUGCUUAGAUGUUUCAAAUGCCAUCCCUAAUCUUAGCAGGUUACCACCACCCAGUGAGUGUGAUUUAUACUAUGUUAAUCGGGAUACUCUUUUCUCUUACCACAGAGAUAGUGAAUUAUUUUUGCAGCGAAUGAUGGCUUUAUAUGUUGCAUCUCAUUACAAGAAUUCUCCCAAUGAUUUGCAACUAAUGGCAGAUGCUCCAGCACACCACUUAUUUGUACUACUUGGGCCUGUUGAUGAAUCAAAGAAUCAACUUCCUGAUAUUCUGUGUGUCAUUCAGGUUUCCCUUGAGGGACAGAUUUCUCGUAAGUCAGCUAUCCAAAGUUUGAGUGAUGGUCAUCAACCUUUUGGAGAUCAAAUACCAUGGAAAUUCUGUGAGCAAUUCCGAGACACAGUUUUCCCCUCACUUUCAGGUGCUCGUAUUGUACGCAUAGCGACACACCCAAGUGCCAUGAGGCUUGGAUAUGGUUCACAAGCAGUUGAACUUUUAGUUCGUUACUAUGAAGGACAACUCACUUCUAUUUCUGAGAUUGAUGUUGAAGAUGAAGGGAAGACUCCAAGCGUUAGAGUUACAGAAGCUGCAGAGAAAGUUUCACUACUUGAAGAAAAUAUAAAACCUAGAACAGAUCUACCUCAUUUGCUUGUACAUCUGCGUGAAAGGCGGCCAGAAAAGCUCCAUUACAUUGGUGUCUCCUUUGGGCUAACUUUGGACCUUUUUCGCUUUUGGAGGAAACAUAAAUUUGCUCCUUUCUACAUUGGCCAGAUUCCAAAUACUAUUACUGGUGAGCACUCGUGCAUGAUCCUAAGACCCUUGAACAAUGAUGAAAUUGAAGCUGAUGGAUCAAAUCCGUUGGGUUUCUUUAGUCCAUUUUACCAAGAUUUUAGACAAAGAUUUACUAAACUUCUUGCUUCGACCUUUCGUGGCAUGGAAUACAAGCUUGCUUUGAGCAUAAUAGAUCCAAAAAUCAAUUUCAAGGACCAAGACCCUAAGGAAAUCGCAUCUGAAAAAUAUCUGCAGUCAAUCGGAGAACAUUUAUCACCACAUGAUAUGAAGCGUUUGGAGGCUUAUGUUGACAACCUUGCUGACUUUCAUCUGAUCCUAGAUUUGGUGCCAACCCUUACACGUCUGUACUUCCAACAAAAGUUCCCAGUUACAUUGUCCUAUGCUCAAGCUUCUGUGUUACUCUGCAUUGGUCUGCAGAAUCAGAACAUUUCAUACAUUGAGGGACAAACAAAUUUGGAAAGGCAAACAAUAUUGUCUCUAUUUAUAAAGGUUAUGAAGAAGUUCUACAAAUAUCUAGAUGGCCGUGCAUCCAAGGAGAUUGAAUCAACCUUGCCAAGACUGAAAGAAAUUGUCAUGGAACCUCACAGUGUCUCUCUGGACGAAGAUCUCAACAAUGCAGCUAAACAAGUCGAGGAUGACAUGAAAUCAAAAGCAGAAUCACUCUUUACUCCUGAAUUGUUCCAGCAGUAUGCCAUUGACGAUGGAGACUCUGGCUUUCAGACUGUUUUACAAAAUAAUGAUGGAAAAAUACCCACCGGUGGUCUUAUUAGCGUAAAAUCCAGUAGGAGCGCAGUGAGGCCUGAAAAGGUGAAGGAAAGUGGCAAGAGUGACAAAAAGCGCAGUAAAGAUAAUCACAACCAUAAAUCAAGCAAAAAGAGAAGAUCUUGAGUUAAAUAUGAUAAUAAAAACCAUCCAAGAAAAAACUGACGAUUUCAGGGAAUUGUCCGUCCUUGAGUCAGAACGGCAUACAAGGUCAAAGUGAACGUCCAAAUCAUGGGGAUGAGAAUCCACUGACAAGAAGCUCAGUUCAUGUAAUGGACUCCCCUGUGCAUGGUUUGCUGUGGAGAUCUUCAUAAAUUUCAAGUGCAGGAUUAUUUAUAGUGGAACUAAUCUUCAGUUUGUUUUUAUUUUAUGUUUUCAUGGGAAUUAGUGGGUAUCACUACUGCAUUACUAUAAAUUCGACGGCUGCAGAGAAAUGUAUUCAUGAUAUAGUUUUAGUGGCCUUAGUUUUUGACGGCUUAA